GGCAACCUGGGUGACUCAGUCAGUUAAGCAUCUGACUCUUGACCUCAGCUCAGGUCUUGAUCUCAGGGUUGUGAGUUCAAGCCCUGUGUUGGGCUCUGCACUGGGCACGAAGCCUACUUAAAUAAAUAAAUAAAUAAAUAAAUAAAUAAAUAAAUAAAUUUUUAAAAAGUGAGAUAAAGAGAGAACAUUUUUCAUAAAACAAGUAAUCAUACCUCUAACUGGCCUAUUCUGAUGGUUUAGUUUUAAUUAUAUUUGAGGAGAAUCCAUACCUGUAUUGCUGUGUUGACAUUUUUAUAUAAAGCUGGAUUGUACCUGCAGGGGCUUAUGAAGGAGCUUAUCAUCAAGCCUAUCAGUGAGAAUAAAAAAUAUCAGAUUUUAAACUUUAUUUAGUAAUGUAUUAGGACUGAGAGGCAAAAAUCAUACCUCAUUUUCCCACAUACUUCCUUCCAGUUAUGCCCUACCUAAUCUCUUCUACUCACUGUACCCUCUCCCAGGAUGCAGGUUUGUGUCCUCAAAACUCAUGGUUUCCUGUGUCCACCCCAUAAGACAACUGCAAGUGAUUUCUACAGAGUCAACCUGGGAAGUGGAAGCUGGACAAGAGUUUUGAGACUGUGAUGGGAGACCUUUCAAAAAUAGACAGUUAGCAGUGUCCCUACCCUUCCAAGUCAAAGUGCAAUUUGUUCAUGCUUCUGCUGUUACUGCUCAGUGCAAGAAGUCUUGGGCUGUGUAGUUAAGAAUGUAGGUAGAGAGAAGGGCCUGAAGUGUCACCAGCGUAAGGGCUAAGGUGUAGAGGGCCCUGGAGAUACCUCCAAGGAGGCGGUCUCUAAAAGGAUAUCCUUAGGUCGGGUAGACACCAGAUGGGAGGCAAAAUGAGGCUUCCCAUUCUUGGGGGCUUUUGUUCACUGGAUGGGGAAUCUCCUUGCACCUUCUCCUCCAUGUUUCCCGGAAGCCUGCUGACACUCCCCGUCAGCUACAGUUGGCUUACAGAGAAUUCUGCCCUUUGAGCACAGUUUCCAACAUUCUUGAUCAUCAAUGGGCAGAUCAUACCAGUGAGAGAGCUGAGUCAUAGACCCAAGAAGUAGAGCUGGGAGGCAAGGGGUGAUGAUGUAAUCGUCCAGACCCCUGUACCUUCCUUCUACACGUGGGGUUUCUCUCUCAUGGCUUUCCCCACUUAUUCCAUAUCUCCAGGGAUUGUAUUUCUGUGCUGAAGAAAGGAUGUUUUUCUCUGUAUGCAUACAUAUCAGGGAUUGGUGCUUUUAUAUGUUCAGGCCAAGUGUCUUUAAUAUGGGUGUCUAAUGAGUCCCUGGGUGUGGUGGUAUGAGGAGUUAGAAAGCUCAGAAAUGGAAAAUAUUUAACGUUCAGAGUAGCACAUGAAUACAGCCUGUCCAUUUGCAUUUUCCCUUUCACUCUGACUCAUCUUCCCCUCUCCCCACCCUAUUAUUGCCCUCCACCAGCCUCACCCAUUGGCACACCCUGUCUGUAUAGAAAGGAUUAACAUCUGCCUGCACCCAAGCUAGAACAAGAAGUAGAGGGAAGGCAUGUUUGGUCUGGAGGGCGAAAGCAGAAGGCUGGUCUGAAUAUUUUGGGGUCCUGAACAAAAGGGAGAAACAGGAGUUUAGAGACAGAAUAUUUGGGUCUAGGAGGGGACGAGGAUCUAAGGGAGAAGCCCGGGGGAACCAGACUCUGCCAUGUCACCAGAGCAGCCUACCAGUGCCUGACCUGCACAUCUUCCAGUUAUUUACUGGGCAUAUACGAUGCAGCAGGCACAUAUCAUAAAUGAUCUCUCUAUGUUUGUUGAAAGAAUGAAAAAUGUGCACAGGAUGGGAGAUAAUGGAAUAAGAAAAAACAGAAAAAGAAAUUUGAGUCUCUCAGACCUCCUUUCCCCAGGUUAACAAGCACUAAAGUGUGAAAACAGGGGAAAUCUCCUGAGAGCUUGACCCUUUUGGCAGGAAGUGAAAGAAACCCCAGGGUUCUGAUUUCAGAGAAAUGUCAUUUGUCAUCAACCCAAGAAAAGGGAGUUUUCUCUUCGAAGACCACCGCAGGCCCUUCCUGGGGUUGCCCCCUUCAAAGCUUGAUGGGAGAAUCUGAGUCACUUGCACAUUCAGUCCCCAGUGGUGGCCCAGAUGACAGGGGUCAUUUCCACAGAGCAGUUAAAGCUUCCCUAGUACUAAGUCAAGGCAAGGAAGGACGAUGCGUGCUUUUGGCCCUCUUUCACUCUCUCCUUGGAAUCCAGAUGUUUCAGCCCUUUUUGCUUCUGAGGUAGUAGAAACAGCUUCCAGCUGCUGGAGCUCUACUGAUGCUUCUCAGUAGCAGGAUUAAUACUAUUUGAAUGAUGUGAGGUACUGACAAACCACUUUCACACUUAUCAUGUCAUUUUAUCUUUAUCCUCACCUCCAAAUGCGGUCAGCAAAGGUUAUCCCUAUUUCGUGGAUGAGGUAACUGAGGCUCAGAGAGGCGACUUGCUCAAGGUGACUCAACUAGUAAAUGGCAGAGAUGAGACUCAAAUGCAGGUCUGAUUAUUCCAAACUCCUUGUUGCCUCAAAUGAACUUUUUUAAAAAAAUAUUUCUUAUUUUAUUUUUUUAAAGUACUCCCUACACCCAACACGGGGCUCGAACCUACAACCCAGAGAUCAAGGGUAGCAUGCUCUACUGACUGAGCCAGCUAGGCACCCCUCAGAUGAACUUCUCGGACUCUAGAAGUUCACAAAUGAAAUAAGGAGACAGGGAGCCAGAAUGUCUUGAAUCUGGAAGUGGAGAGGGUGUUCUCUCCUGGGGAGAGGGGAGUGAAGCAGAGCCAGGGUUAUAAAACCACACCCCCUUGGGGGACUGUGGCAGACUGGUACUUGGGACACCCAAUGGAAGACUGUGAGGUCAGGGGCGGGGCUAGCUCCAGGGGGGCCCCAGGAGCCCCAACAGCAGUUCAGAGCAUGCGGUGUCCAGGAGGAAGCUACAACCGGCUUGAGAAUAUGCCGUUGCUCUCUUCCCUUUCCACCAUGGACCCCACACUGUGGCCUUUCUUUCAGAUCCUCUGAGACUGGUACCCAGGCAAGGCACGAUGCCCUUGUUCCGGACAAGACUGCCUAGCCCCUACAGCUCUGAUCGGCUGGUACGGCUAGCAGCCAGGCUCCGGCCAGCAUUAUGUGAUACCCUGAUCACUGUGGGGAGCCAGGAAUUCCCUGCCCACAGCCUGGUGCUGGCAGGUGCGAGCCAGCAGCUGGGCCGUAGGGGCCGCUGGGCUCUGGUGAAAGGCAUCAGCCCUUCUACCUUUGCCCAGCUUCUGUACUUUGUUUAUGGGGAGACUGUAGAGCUGCAGCCGGGGGAACUGGGGCCCCUUGAGGAAGCGGCCAGGGCCUUGGGGGUGCAGUCCCUGGAAGAUGCAUGCAGGAGGGCUCGAUGGGAUGGGGUUAGAGAGCUGGGUCCAGGGCUGAGGGAACAUCAGGAGGAGCCAGAGAAACCCACAAGGGAUUCUGAAAGAGGACUGGGGGGACAUGGAGAGCAGAGACCAGAAAAACGUGUUAGUGCUGGUAGAAUAGAAUGGGAGACACUGCAUGAGCAAAGGCCACCAAGAGAGAGCCCUGAGAGAGCAGAACCACUGCAGGAGGGUGAAGGGGAGGAGAUGAGAUCAAAGGAGAAACUCAAGCAAUCCCCUCUUGGCCAUGGGGGAAUAGAUGGAAAGCAAGAAGUGAUUAUGUGGGUGACAGAGAGCCCAGGGAGUUCUGAUGAAAGACUUCGGGAGUUCCCUGGCCCCCUUCCCCCACCAGGCUCCCUCCAAAACAGCGUCAUUCCUAGGCCCUGGUGGGCUGAGACCCCUUGGUUCGGGGAGGGCCAGCCUGCCCUGUGGAGCAUCCUGCUGUUGCCACCCAGAUAUGGCACUCCCUUCUCUCAUAGCACCCCCAUCACUGGAGCCUGGCAGGAGGUCUGGCCUCAGGACCAGAGGAUCCCACUGUCCCUGAACCCUGAGAAAGGUCUCUGGAACCACAGCCAGUUGGCCUCCUCCAGUCCUGCCCCAGGUUCCCUCCCCCAGGGCUCCGAAAAGCUCAGCCCUGGGGACAUGGAAGACUGUAAUCAGAAGCACACAGGUGCACUUGCAACCUGUGUGAGUCAGGUGAGCACAGCAGGCCCGCCUCGCCAACAACCUCCCCCACCCCCUCCUGCUCGGUCUCGGCCCUAUUCUUGUUCUGUCUGUGGAAAGAGGUUCACACUCAAGCAUCAGAUGGAGACACACUACCGAGUCCACACAGGAGAGAAGCCCUUCUCCUGCAGCCUAUGUCCCCAGCGCUCCCGGGACUUCUCAGCCAUGACCAAACACCUGCGGACGCAUGGGGUCGCACCCUACCGCUGCCCUCUGUGCCGGGCGGGCUGCCCCAGCCUAGCCUCCAUGCAGGCGCACAUGCGCGGCCACUCGCCCAGCCAGCUCCCACCUGGAUGGACCAUUCGCUCCACAUUCCUCUACUCCUCCUCUUCAAGGCCAUCCCGGGCCUCGACUUCUCCCUGUAGAUCCCCUUCCUCCACCACCUGACGGUGUCGGUACCUUCUCUGGCUUCAUCCAACAAUAAAAUUAAAUAAUGAAAGACGGGCCGCCGGGCUGGAUAGGCUUCUGACCCAGCACCGCAGGUACGGCAGCGUAGCAAAUUUGGCUCCAAGAAGCACUGCAGCAAGGGCGCCGAGACCUUCUCCCAGAUGACCGCUGGCCCUAUGAGCCUGGGCAAGCGAGUCCGUGUGGGGUGUGGGAAGUGAAGUCUGCACGAGUGAAAAUUAACUGUGCGGGGACUGGCGAUCUCAUCACCAAAAUAAAGAGUUUUCCUGUGCCCUCCUCUCAGGACAA